AUGCCAAACGUGAAGCGCCUCAAGGGCAGCGGCGCUGCCAAAGCGCAGAAACAGAGCAACCCAAAGCCCAUGUCUACCGACGGCCGUCCGACUCCAGCUGAAGUAGAGGAAGAGGAGCACCAGUUCGUUCAGCUUGCGCGGAAGCACUGGUUGAAGUCUGGUAAGAAGUCGGCAAACCCAAAGGUCAAGAAUGAUGUCUUGAAGCAGAACAUCUGGGAUGUCCUUGAACGGGAGGGUUUCCAGUACAAGUCUCUCUUACUUCUUGAACGCCUGCAGACUCUAGAAAGCUACCUGUGGCCUGGCUACAACGAAGAAGCUUCCAACUUUCAUGUUCUGCUGAUUGCGCUCAUUUCAAACGUGAAGCAUCGAGAGCAUCUUGCAACAUGGGCGCUCUUCGAGGAUCGACCUGCCGACUUUUCUUCAUUCUUUCGUCGACUCUUGUCGAUGACGAUCGAUCGAACACUCUCUGUUACCCUUCGAACGCAACUUCUUUGUUUCUUUAUCUACGCCUUCCAGAGCCUUGAUUGCGCUCUUGUCCGAAAGGAAUGCGCUCCUCUUGUGUCAAUCGGGAUCUGGCACAAUUUGUCGACCGAACGGUCGCGUGAAGCUAAUCUUGACCAACUUCCCCAUCUACGAAAGGCCUGGAAGGCCACACACAAGCGAUACGACGCAGCAGACGAGUCAAACAAGGCGCGGUUACGAUUCGAACGGUCUUGGCUCUACACGCUGCUUCUCGACUUCCUAAGCCUGCUUUAUGCGCAAAAUAGCAAAUCAGGCAAGUACAUUCACCAAGUAUCGUAUUGUGAAAGGUUCACCGAGUUUCUCACCGAUCUCCAAAGCCAGCUCCCGACAAGACGCUAUGUCAAUACCUUGAUCAAGGAUCUUCAUAUAAUAUCAGCUAUGAAAUUAUCGCCAAUGUUUAAUGACGAGGAGAACACACUUCUGCGUGAUCUUCAAUCUCUCCUUUCUCACUUUACUUCUUUCGAUAUCAAUGACCAGACAGGUGCCCAGUACAACAUAAAAGAAGCAUACGACAACCAUUGCGAGUCGCUUGCCAAAUUGCAACGCACUGCCUUGAAGCAUUUCCGAGACAAGUUGACUGUCUUGGCUUUGUCCAAUUAUGGUGCCGUUGACCAAAGACAGGAAUUGGAGGCUCUGCUGCAGCCGUUGGCGGAUGAAGAGCUUACGAACCUGGUUUCGCUUCUCGAUUUCCGGACAGCUUAUCCUGACAGCUUGGACCUACCUAUCGACCGCAAAUUCUUGCUCGAGGUGGUUUUGUCCAACUUCGAACGCAGAAAAACAUUCCAAGAGGCCGCUCGUCAUAUGAGUCUGGCACCAACAGAGGAGACCUUAUUUGAUACCAGCUUCCAGCAAGCCGAGUCUUAUGAUGGAUCGCAUCCCAUGGCUUUACCUAAGCUCAAUCUACAAUACCUUUCCGUGGGCGACUUUCUGUGGCGAGCGCUUGUCUUGUAUCGAUGCGAGUCCUUUUACGGUGUCCGCAAAGAUAUCGAGACCGCCAUAAGACGCUUGCGUCCUGAGUCGAAGCGAUCAGAUGAAACCAAUUUUUCGGGGUUUUCAAAGAUGGCAAUGCCUAUCUCAAAACCGGCCAUUCUUGAGGUUAUACCACCUCUGGUAGGGGAUGACAAACCAUCGAUGGUGCGCGCAGAGGUCUCCUUUGACGUUAGACGGCUAGGAGAAGGCGUUCGCAGAGAAUGGGAUUCUCUUAGACAAGAUGAUGUUGUUUUCCUUAUCGCAGUCGAGCCACCGCCCGCAAAGUCCAUCAGUAAUGGCGGAGAGACUCUUUCUGAAUCAGAACGCCUGGGUGUGGUUACUGUACGAACGGCCGAGGUUCAUCAAAUCACAGAUGACAAAGGUCGCCUAGUCCGAGAUGGUGCCGGAAAUCUUGACAAUAAACGCCGCAUUCAGCUCAAGCUCGAUCCUCAGGCUUAUAGCAAAGAUGCUGAGCGGACAUCAGCUGGGAAGCCCGAUGUAUAUGGCAAGAUCAACCUGCUACUCAGACGAGGUAGAAGGGAGAACAACUUCAAGCCUGUCCUGCAAUCUAUCAGAAACUUGGUACUGUCUGAUGUGCCUUUGCCGGAGUGGCUUCAUGAGGUAUUCCUUGGUUAUGGUGACCCGGCAGGAGCUUAUUAUAAGAACCUUCCAAAUCGCGAACGCAAGGUAGAUUUCAGGGAUACAUUUCUUGAUUGGCAGCAUCUUGCCGAAAGCCUUCCCGGCAAGAUCAUCGACCCGGGCGACGACGUUUCUGGUAGUUUUGGACCACCAUAUAUUAUCGAGUCUGUCGAAAAGCAGAGCGAGCCGCCAUCUACCAAGCCUUCCAAGAAGCGACGCCGAGACGCCGAUCCUGCUCUCAUUGCCGAGAUUGAGACAUUGAAAGUGUCAAGCUAUAAGCCACCAAAUAAUGGGCCUUAUCGCGUCGAUAACCCUAAGCUUAACUCGGUGCGAUUUACCCCAGCUCAAAUUGAAGCCAUAACUUCUGGAACGCAGCCUGGAUUGACUGUGAUCAUCGGACCACCUGGCACGGGCAAGACAGAUGUAGCCACACAGGUUAUCAACAAUAUUUACCACAACCAUCCUGAGCAGAAGACAUUGUUACUCGCGCACAGUAAUCAGGCACUUAAUCAACUAUUUGCGAAGAUCGUUGCGUUGGAUAUUGAUGAGCGGCAUCUAUUACGCUUGGGGCAUGGCGAAGAGGAUUUGGAUACGGAAGGGAAUUUCAGCAAGCAUGGCCGAGUCGACUCCUUCCUGCAGAACCGAGAUCGUUACCUUCUCGAAGUGAGAAAGCUGGCUAUCAGCCUCGGCGCGCCUGGAGCUCACGAAAAUUCGGCCGAGACGGCUGGAUAUUUCAAUAACGUUUAUGUUGUUCCUGCGUGGAACAGGUUCCAACUAGUCGCCAGCGCCAACGAUUCAACUGCCACUGAUAUUGUAGAGGCCUUCCCGUUCCAUGCAUACUUCUCCGAUGCCCCCCAGCCCCUUUUCCCCCCUGAAGGAGACAAAGAACAGACCUUGGAGGUCGCAGAGGGCUGCUACCAUCACAUUUCCAAGAUUUUCUCUGAGUUGGCCGAUGCACUUCCAUUCGAAAUCCUUCGACGAGACCGUGAUAAGGCAAACUAUCUUCUCACUAGCGAAGCGCGCAUUAUUGCGAUGACGACAACACAUGCGGCCAUCCGGAGAGGCGAGAUCGCAUCACUCGGUUUUCAUUACGACAACGUCGUGAUGGAAGAGGCUGCCCAAGUAACCGAGAUCGAGACAUUCUUGCCUCUAGCUAUGCAGAAGCCUCGCAAUGGUAAGAUGGCUCUCCAAAGAGUUGUUCUGUGUGGAGACCACUUCCAGAAUUCGCCAGUCAUCCAGAGCCUGGCGUUCCGCCACUACGCCAACCUCGAACAGUCACUAUUCUCGAGACUAGUCAGACUAGGUGUUCCGACAAUUGCCCUUGAUCAGCAAGGGCGUGCUCGUGCUUCGAUUGCGAGCCUCUACCAAUGGCGUUAUCCGAAGCUCGAUAACCUUCCAGAUGUGCAGACAAGUCCCGAAUUUGUCAAGGCUAACGCUGGGUUCAAGUUUGACUAUCAAUUUAUCAACGUGCCUGACUACAACGGCCAGGGCGAGGCUGAACCUACGCCCCAUUUCAUCCAUAAUCUUGGAGAAGCUGAGUACGCGGUGGCUAUCUUUCAAUACAUGCGCCUCCUUGGAUAUCCUGCCGAGAAGAUCACGAUUCUCACAACUUAUGCUGGUCAGCGAGCCCUCGUAAGAGACGUGUUGUCGCGUAGGUGUGCCGGCAACCCAGUUUUCGGUCUGCCAAAAUCGGUAGCUACGGUCGACAAAUACCAAGGCGAGCAGAACGAUUAUAUUAUUCUUUCACUUACCCGAACGUCGCGCGUUGGCUAUCUACGUGAUGUGCGGCGUAUGACAGUAGCGUUGUCCCGAGCACGGCUCGGCUUGUACAUCCUUGGCCGCCGUGAGGUCUUUGAGGCUUGUCCUGAACUCCGACCUGCUUUUGAUUUAUUGUUGCAAAGGCCAGACAAACUUAUGCUUGUAACGGGGGAGCUCUGGCCUACACAGAGGGAGGUCACCGAGGAACAAGGCCCAGUUAAAGGCGAGGUGCCGAUGGAAGGAGUCGAGCAUCUGGGCCAAUUUGUCUUCGAAAUGACCAACACCAAGAUCAAGCAGCUCCAGGAUGAGCAAGGGCUCCCGGAACGCAUCAUCGAAGAAGAGUUUGAGGAUGAGGAGGGAGGGUACGGAAAUGGUGAGGAGGAAGAUGACGAAGAAUUUGACGACGACGACGUCGAAGCAGACAUUUUGGAAGUGCGAGAAGGAGAGUGA